AUGGCCAGCUCCCUCUGCAGAGAGGAAAACACAGAGGGAAGAGGUGAAACUGCAGACACCUGCACCAGGGUGAGGGUGAGUAGCCAGUGGAUGCACAGCAGGAAACCCAGGCUGGAGGGUGCUGCCCAAGGCCAGCUGGCCAUGGCAAUUUUGCUGUGUCAGGUCAGCAUGCUCACAGUGCUUAUUAGCAAGUGCUACAUGUGCCCAGAAAUCUCUCCUGGAGUUAGGGCAGCCAUAAGCUCUUGCUCACCAAGACAGCAAGUAGGAUGCAGCUGCCCGAGCAGGCAUUUAGAGCAAGAAGAACAAAGUUCCUCUCCUUUUCCUGCCGGAGGGCAUUUCAGCUCGCUUCUCCCUCUCUCCCGGCACGCUGUAGCUGCUGAGCAUGCUCACCUGGACAACACAUCAGCCAAACACAGCAUUGGGCUGGCCAAACCACCUGGGAUUAGGAGGUUUUUUUUGUUUCUCUUCAGUCAGAAGUGGAGGUGUGCUCAGGUGCUGGAGCCUUCUCAUGGUAUCUACAAGCUCAGGACAGAGGAUGACGCUUGCCAGUCUCUCCCACUGUGGGCCCCACUCUGUGUUGUGCACAUCUUUUUGGUGUUCCCUGUCCCAUGGUGGCUCCCCAAGGAGCAAUGUACCUACUUUUUGGAACAGUCACAAGGAAGAAGUGUUUCUUUUCAGAGCCUGGAGCAGCCAGAACAAGGCAAAGCCCCCAGUUGCCCAGCAGCCCCCAUUGCAGCACAGGAUCUGCAGAACUGCACAGAAACACCAGAGAAGCCCAGAAACAGCAGAAAAGAAAGAACCCCCCAUCUUCACCCUGCUCAUGAAGCUGCUCAUUCUCCCAUCUUCCCUUCAGUGGAUCUGGCCCUCUUGCCACACACAGCGAGGUUCUCAGCACUGCAGGCUCCAUUUUCCUCAGGAACUUUGCCAGAAAAGGAGCACACCACAAACUGGGUAAUUUUGUUUUUUAUUCGCUAG